AUGACGGAGUUUGAUAUGUUGAAGAUGGAUGAUAACGAUACGGUCGAUGACUUCGCGGGGAAGAUAUCGGGCCUAUCAUCCAAAGCAACCUCGUUGGGAGAAAGCAUAGAAGAAUCCAAGAUGGCCAAGAAGUUCUUGAAGGGUCUUCCGAGACACAAGUAUAUCCAGAUCGUAGCAUCACUUGAGCAAUUCCUAGAUCUCAACUCAACGGGGUUUGAAGACAUAGUUGGAAGGCUUAAGGCGUACGAGGAGCGGGUAGGAGGAGAAAUUCAGAAAGAAGACCAAGGGAAGCUGAUGUUUUCGAACAAUGAAGAGCAUAGUCAGAGGGGCUAUGAGAAUUCCCGUGGUAGAGGAAGAGGAAGGAAUGGUAGAGGCAGAGAUAAGGUGAUUCCGAAGAAUCUUGAUAUCGACAAAGGCAAUGAAAGUGUCUGGUAUUUGGAUAAUGGAGCGAGCAAUCACAUGACAGGGAACAAGGAGUUCUUUUCGAGUUUGAAUCUCAACACCAAAGGGAAGGUGAAGUUUGGUGAUGGAUCGUGUGUUGAUAUUGUAGGAAAGGGUGUGGUUACCUUUGUGUGCAAGACUGGAGAGAAGAAGACACUCAAGGACAUAUACUACAUACCCGACCUGAAGCACAACAUAUUGAGUCUUGGGCAAGCAACAGAAAAAAUAUGUGUGGUUAACAUGAAAGAUGUCUACUUAACGCUCACAGAUUUGCAUGGAAGGUUACAAGUUCGUGUGACAAGAUCUCCAAACCGUCUCUACAAGACCCCUAUGGAGAUAAGCUACACGGAGUGUUUACAUGUCAGGGACGUAGAUGCUACAUGGAGGUGGCAUGCUCGACUAGAACAUAUAAGCUAUGGAGUGAUGAACAACAUGGUAAGGAAGGAGAUGGUCGUAGGAAUGUGUAACACACGAAGAAAGCGUGUGUGA